AUGUCAGUGCAAGCUGAAACUACAGACGAGCUUCCUGGACGCUACAAACGCCCCUACGGAUACAUGCAUCACAGAAAGACAGACUUAAAUAAUGCAAGAUGGAUGUCACAUCUCGCAGAUAGUACAAAGUUAUCACAAUUAAAUUUGAUUGGAACUCAUGAAACCUUGGCAUUUCAUGGUGGUGAUGCUGUUAAAUGUCAGUCAUUACCAUUGAAGACACAAAUGAUUGCUGGUAUUCGAGUUCUUGAUAUCCGUUGUAACCAACAUGAUGACGAUUUCUAUAUCCAUCAUGGUUUUGUAAGUCAGCGUGCUAUGUUUGCUGAUAUUCUGAAGAUUAUUGUCGAUUUUCUCAAAGAAAAUCCCACAGAAACAAUCUAUAUGCGUGUUAAACACGAAUAUAAGAAAAAGAAUAACAAAAAAUCAUUUGAAGAAGUGUUUUUAGAGCGUAUUGAACCCUAUAAAGACUAUUUUUGGCAAGUUGAUAACAGUUCUAAUUCAACAGACCCUCCUCUUUCAGAAACAAGAGGUAAAAUCGUUCUUUUACAACAGUUCACAGCAGAUAAAACGUACGGCAUACAAUGGUAUUCAUCUCCGGUUAAAAUCCAAGAUAAAUACCAUUUCAAAAAGAAUUGGCAACAGUACACUAAAUGGGAAUCAAUUUUCCUGCUAAUUCCGAUGAAGGAAAUAUCUUCAUUAACUUUCUUUCUGGAUCUGGAUUUUCCUUCCCAUAUUUCGUUGCUAGCGGCCAAUCUAGUCCACAAACCAUUGCUCCACGACUGUUAA